CGGGUGGCGCCCAUGCUCGUUUAGUGCUGAUGCGCUAUAUAACUGUAGCGUUGUGGUCCAUCAGUUUUUUUGUAACAUAAACGUAGUCUACCGGCAGAAGAAAAUGUUUAUUAUUAUCUCGGGCAGGGAAUCAUACUAACGCGCCGUGCAAUUCUAACAUAAUGCAAUUAUGUUUAUAGCGGAAACGGUCUAUCUAUGGUACUAUUCAUAGCCAUUCUGAGAACCAUAUCAGUCAUUUUCUCGCUCUCUUUCUGAGCUGAGACUGGCUCUCCUUUCCUUGAAUAUACAGUGGCGGGAUGGGUACCGUCCUGAUGGCUGGACACGAGUGGGAGUAUAAGGACUGGUUCGAACGGGAGGAAUUUAUCGGACAGAUCAGCGACAUCCGAGUGCAGAAUCUUCAAGUUGAAAGAGAGGUCGUUCAGAAGAGGACGUUUACACGAUGGAUGAAUCUGCAUUUAGAGAAGUGCACUCCUCCGAUGGAGGUAAACGACCUGUUCAGAGAUAUCCAGGAUGGAAGAAUACUCAUGGCCUUGCUGGAGGAACUGUCCGGAUGCAAGCUGCUUCAUGGAUGGAAACAGUCCUCACAUCGUAUCUUCAGACUGAACAACAUCGCAAAGGUCCUCACCUUCCUAGAGGAAAGAAAUGUGAAGCUGGUCAGUAUUGACGCUGCAGAUGUCGCCGAUGGCAACUCUUCCAUUGUUCUCGGACUCAUCUGGAAUAUUAUCCUGUUUUUCCAGAUCAAGGAGCUGACAGGGAACAUUAAGAGCCAGUUCCCCUCGUCCUCCAGCCUCUCUUCGCUCCCCACCAGCUCCGACUCCGACACCUCCCACUCCAGCACGCCCUCCGAUGAGAGGCCACGCUCCAUCGCCAUGAGGGAUCAUGGGAAAGCCAUCAAGACGCUCCUGCAGUGGGUCCAGAGACGCACCAGGAAGUAUGGUGUGGCAGUGCAGGACUUUGGGAAGAGCUGGACCAGUGGGCUGGCCUUCCUGGCCGUCAUUAAGUCUAUUGACCCCAGCCUGGUGGACAUGAGGAGAGCUCUGCUGAGGACAGCCAGGGAGAACCUAGAGGAUGCCUUCAGGACAGCCCACUAUAGCCUGGGCAUACCCAGACUACUGGAACCAGAGGACGUGACCAUCAACCCUCCAGAUGAGCAGUCCAUCAUGACCUACGUGUCCCAGUUCCUGGAGCACUUCCCCGGGAUGGAAGAGCCCCAGGAGAAUGUAUCUGAUGUGAUACAGAGGAGUGUGUCGUCAGGUAGACUCAGCUGUCGUGUCAACGACUCCUCCCACGACCUGAGGAAUGGCGUUCACCGGAGUCGGGACCGAGAGAGGCCCUUUGUGGUCCGGAGAGACUUAGUCCAGCACCCGCCCAAAAUCUUAAUCUCCUCUAUCUCCGAGGAGCUCAAGUCCCCCAUAUCACCGCCCGUGGUGGAGCGCUCCCCGGUCAAUGAAGGCUCGACGGUAGGGACCACACCCAGCCCUGUCUUCACCGUCUCCACUUCCAGCUCUCCGCAGCCCUCAUUUGUCAACUCCGUCAUCGGCUCUGUGUCCUGUGACUCCCCAAUCAGUGACUCUGUGAUCAGUUCGCCAGACUCCUGUUGGGAGCGCCUGCCGAGCGAGGCAGUGACGCCAGACAGGUCUGUGGAGAGCCGUAGCGAUGGGUCGCUAUGUGACAGCGGGGUAUCCUGGGACAUCCCUCCCUCCACACCCCAUGGGGUCACACCUGAUCUGGAGGAUCUGUUGCCGUCGGUUAUGGGGCCAAAGGCAGGAAAGCCUCAGGAUGAGGAACAGGAAGUGAUGCCAGAGCUGUUUAUCGACGAGGGGAACUACUCUUUUAGCUCAGUGGAGAGCACACACUACAGGGCCAAUACACAACUAGAAGAGGAUGGGGAGGGAAGGGAGAAGAAAGAGAAGGAAGACGAGGAGGAGGCGUAUAGCUACAUUCUGGAACUGAGUGAGGACAAGGCAGCCAAGCAGAAGCCUGAUCAAAGAGAAGGAAAGAACAUAACAGAGAGAACAGAAAGUGACUCAGAAGGAAUAGACACACAUACACGUCAGAGUAAUGGCGUCAACAAGGAGCAGGGGCGGCCAUCUUUAGAGUUCUCUGACAAGCCUCAGCAGACUGACUCUGACAGGAAAAGGGAGAGUGUGUGUGAGGGUGAGAGUGUGUGUGAGGGUGAGAUAGGUGGAGCUGUGUGUUCUCCUCAACACAAGGAUACCAGCCAUUCACAGCAGGAGACCCCUGACCUGCAUGAAAAGCCAAAUCAGCAGGACGGUGUUCUGGAGAAGACAGACAGCGCAUCAGAAUGUGCCAAGAAGGAAACAGUGGAACCAUCUACAGAUUCCAGAAAGGCUGGAAACCCAGAGGAGGGGUUAGCUAUGGAACGUUCUGAUAUAGCAGAGGGUCAAGCAGAGGAAAGGCACAAGCAGGUCACAGAAGAGUCAGAAACACAAAAGAAGAUAAAGGACGUUCUGAACGGCCACAUAGAAUCACAGGAGAACACUACGACUCAGGAGGUCACAGAGCAGUCACAACCGUAUAUGGAGAUGGACCAGACUCAGACUAUCCAGGGGGGAUCCUCAGAACCAGAAGAGGAGAGCCAUACUGGGCAAAAGGACCCGGAAUCUCUGUCUUGCACAGACAAUCGGCAGAGCUCCACACUCCCAGCAGAGGACAGAGAGGAUAGGACCCAGAGCCCAGAGAGAGAGACAGAGGUUGGGGAUGAAGACCCAGACCUGUGUGAGCCCCCUGGAGGUGGCUUGGUUGAAAAGAGCGAGACAGCCCCUUGUGGUGGAGAUGCUAAUGUGAAUGUUGUAGUUCCUGAGAAGAAGAGAGGGGCAGAAAAUGGCCAUGACAGGGUGGAUGCUACUGGGUCUGGAGCAAUAGACAACAGAGAAACAGUAGUGGAGGUCCCCCAUCAGUGCACACCAGUGUCCAUUAUCCCCUUGGACAUGGUGUACUACCCCCACUAUGAUGUCCCCAUCUCCCAUGUCAUUGAGGCCUUCGUGGAGCCUAACCCUGGACUGGUCCUCACUGAGCCGGUUCCUCUCUCUCCUCCCUCAGACACACACACCAAGAACCAGUCUUUAUCCCUACUGCCUGGUCAAGAGAGAGACAUAGAAAAGGAUGCAGAGGAUCAUACUGAGGGCAGUCAUAGCGAGACAGAGGCCUCUACUGUUGAAGAGACAGGGGACAAAAUGUCAGACACAGAAAAGACUGAAACCAAGAGUGUCAAUGUGGCCUAUACAGACAGUGAGAGGAGCAGUGCAAUGGAGAAGCCUGAAAGUGAACCAAUGGACUUGUUCCAAGCGGACAUGAGUGGGGCCCUUGAUCAGACAAUGACAUUGAGUGAGACUCUGGAACCCAUGGACCUGUUCUACCCGGAUACAGAUGACUGUGCUCCUGGAGAGGAACCAGAGAACGACGUGGAGACCACGCCGUGGUCCUCUUCCUUCAGCAAGUCAGUAGAGACCUGGCCCUCAACCUUUAGUGUUGCAGCGCUACAACCAGCACCGUCCUCAGAACCAGAACCAGAGACACACACAGACUCGCACGCACAUAGCCAGGGAGAGACUCAUACAGAGACACACGCACACAGCAUUCCAGACUCACACAUAAAAAGCCAACUGGAUCAAGAAGCUCUCAGAGAGGAGUCAACCAUGCAGAAGUAUGAUAAGGAGGUUGAAGUGAGAGGGGGCUCCAGGCUAUCGGGCCCACAGGAAUGGUGCUCCGUGCUGGGUGAGCAGACGGAGGGAGAUGGGGGUGUGGUGGAGACAGAGAUGGAGACCCACCGUGGAGCUGCUGAGAGCAGUGAUCUCACCAGGACUGAUGAUGAGAAGUCUGCCUCUGCUGCCAGAGAAAACAAUGAGACCAUGAGGAGGGAAGCUGACAGUGAUGGAACCACAGAUGAACAGUGUUCUAUGUGUUCUACACCACUCCACCAGAGGAAGGUGGCUGGCUCUAAUGAGAAGGACAAUCAGAAGAAUGGAGCAUCCAGCCGAACUCACAGUACCAAGUCUGACACCAGCUGGAGGGAGAUGAGGACUCCUACUUCAUUGACAGAGUACUACAUUCUCCUACUGCUGUGGCUGCUCCUCUACUGCCUGUUGGUGUUGCCACAGAUCGACUACAGGAACCUGCCAAGCCUUCUGCUCAACCUGGAAAAAUGAAUACACACACAUACUGCGACACAUGUACAUACUGAUACACACAUAACAAACAUGUCACACACACACGACACAUACACACGCAUGUACACACAACACGUUUUUUUUUUUCCAGAAUAAUUUAUAAAGCUGUUUAGAGAUUCUGCUCUUUGGCUUUUAAUGUGGCUUGCAUUGAUAUGCUUAAAUUGUAAAGACAAACCUAUAACUUUGUAUGUUUUUCUGAGUUUAUUGAUGCACAAAGAAAGAAGCACACUGAGGGCUAUUUAAAUCCGUAGCGCUGAAGAUCCUCUAUAUAGCGAGAUUGACAAUUAAAGUCAAUGUUCCCGCGGUCGCGGAGACUGCAUUCACGGUAAAUGCUGCAUAUGUACGCGGAUCGUCAGCGAUACUUUGGCAAUACGGAUUGAAUCCAGCCCUAAGAAUGUAGGAUUGCACGGUGCACAAUUAUAAAAAAUGUUUUUGUAGGUAUUACAGUCCAUGAAGCGUUGCAGUGGCCCAUUUACAUAAAUGGCAAUUUGGUGAGUGGAAUAACAUGUAUGUUUCAGAAACGUCCCCAAUGUCCUUUUUGAAUUUACAUGGAAUUUGAUAAGAAAAAGUGUGGCCAAUGAGUUAUGCAGAAAUAUUUACACAUUUAAGAUAAUGCACAACAUUGAGCGAUUUAACUUAUUAAGGUCCUGCAUUCUCUUGAAGGUACUUGUCUUACAAGCUCAGUGGAUUCUGUACAGGCUUGGGAGUGUCAGUUGCACUUUUGAACCAGAGUAUGUGAACUGCCAAAGAUACAGUGUUUGGAAUGCUGGAUAGAAAAUACAAAACAAACUCACCAUUAGCAAAGUAUGAAAUAUAAGUGUAACACAGUUGAAAUAGUUUUGAAGUGACAAUACUGAUUUACUAAUAAUGUUGGUUUUAUUUUAAGAAUAUUUUAAGAAUGCUGGAGUAAAUGUCUAUGGAUCAGUUGAAAAUACAGUAUAUGAAUGGAUUUUUACAGUGUGAUUAUUAAUUCCUUUAUUAAAUGCUAUGUUUGUAUGCCUGUGGGUUGUUUUUUUUAAACUGCUGUUAUUGAUUCAGCCGUGCUUGAACUUGUUAGAGCCUUUCAAUAAAAAGAGAAUGCUUUAUGA